AGCAGUUACCGUUUCGGUCGCGUAACGAUAGCAGCAAAAUCCGAAAGCUGCGUUCGUGGUUAAAACCAAAACAAAAAAGAACAACAAUACCAAAUAUAUAAAAAUAUCAUACCAGUAAAGAGACGAAAUUCUCACCGCAACUUGCCGGUAAAAAGUGCGAAUAAGAAAUUGGAUAUACAAUUAUUUGUGCGCGGAUGUAAAAACAGAAUGCAAAGUGUGAGACUCAAACAAACUUUGUAAUUGGUGAAUUAAUAAGCCGAAGCUCGACAAAUGAGGCGAACCACUUUUUGAUGGAAGCCUCCGGAACGAGGAUAAUAACCAGCCCCAGGGAACCAGCCUCAACGGCCACAUGACCGCUACAAUGUUCACCUAAUGAAAACGAAGCUCGAAAAGUUGUCGUGCCGUCGCUGAGCAGAAAAACUGCCCAGGAAAACGCCAAAAAUAAAAAUAGGCAAGGGAAAAUGAAGUCUGUCAUUUUAUAUCCAUAUGGACCGCUAACCGGCGGCACACGCUGCUGUCGCAUGUUGCAUGCCAAAAAUUUGGCCAUAACAAGUGCAAUUUACACAAUUAAUAUAUCACUAUUAAUCGUGCUGAUAUACUCGUGGCGCAUAAAUGUCAAUAUGCAUAAGUCGGCCGAUCUGCAGGAUGUCUACUACGGUGUACAAAUAGCAUAUUUUGCCAUAAUCGGCACACAAAUGUCCAUGAUACUGUUGAGCAUUGUGUUAAUUUUUGGAAUAUGUCGGGAGAACCCAGGACUAAUUGUACCCUGGAUAAUUGGCUAUAUAACAUUUAUGGCCCUGGAAGCCGUCGCCAUGGUCUACUCCAAUGUCCUGCGCGACCAUGUAAAUAAGCAAUUCGACGCAAUGUGCAAGGCCGAGGUGGCAUUCUUUAUUGCUCGUGCGCUGAUAAAUGUGCUGGCCAUGUGGGGAGUGCUUCGCUUCUACAACUUGGUUCGCUCAGGAAUCACAUGGCGCGGACCAGAGGCCAAGACAGCCAUCUUUGCGCCGAGUGUUUACAAGAGUGUUAGUACCAACAAGCCGCACACCUACAGCUACAGCAAGCGGUCAAGACGCCGCCAGAGCAUCGAUUCGACUUCCGGCGGAUGCUGCGCCAUCUUCGACUUCGAUUUCGAGUACGACGAUGAUAACGACGACGACGACGAUGAGGCGGCCUACGGCGAUGGUCUGGAUACGGAGGAUGAGGUGGGCUACGACUACGAUGAUUACUACGAUUACUACGACGACGACGAACUGACGGAGCAGCAGCACUUGCGGCUGAAACAGGACGAUGGCGACUGUAGCAUGCUAGGCGCUGGCAGGGCAAACAGAUCGCGCUCCAAGCCGAGAUCCGCGGUGGUCAAGGUCAAGGGUCAGCGGAGCGGAAGUCGCCGCACCAACAACAAUAUCCGCAGCGUGCUGAUCAACAAGAGGCACAACAAGUACAAAAUCGCUCGACCCCAAACGCAACUGGAGGUCAUCAACGAGUCGGAGAAGAGCGCGGGGAGCGGCAGCGAUGAGAAUGACUCACUUUUGGUGGCCUUUGACAGCAGUUCGUCGCUGGCGUCAGUUUGACAUUGGCCGCCAUGCAAAUCGGGAACCGGAAAUGGAAAUGCAGACGUUGGCGAAACGGAAAGUGAUAGAGCCAGUGGAACAAACAGCGGAACAAACACUGGAAAGUGCCAUAACAACGCCUGCAGCUGCAACUGCGAUUGUAACACCACCGGAAGCGGAAGUGAGACCGACGACGACGGCGAUCCUGACGAGGGCCAGCAUCUGGAACCUGAGUGGCCGAAGGGCCACCGCCUCGGUGGUCAAUGUUGUGGUCAGCGUCCACGCCGACGUCCACUGCGACGCGUCUACUGCGCUGUGAACCUGUCCAUAAUGGGCCUCCUGGUGGCCGUGGAGAUAUACGCCCAAAUUGCCAUACUCCUUUAGAUCGGAACACCACUCUCUGAAUAAAAUUGGGUCUUCCCAGAGCAAAAUCAUAUAAUCUAGUUUCAUGGGUCGUGUUUGGUACAUUUCGGUCAGCAAAAAUUGAAACAUACUUUCUCAAUGUCAGCAGGCACUAAAGCUUUAAAUGUAAAUAACAAGAUAAAAUAUCUUCAAAUCUUCUCACUUAAGCUAAAGCUUUCACAAUAUAUCAAAUGCUAUUAUCUAUGCCAUGGCCAAACUGAAAUAUUUUUUGUUCUAUAUUUCUAUUUCCAAUAAAAAAAAUACAAAUAUAAUUUACAAUAAUUUAAAUUUCUGUUAAAUAAAAUUUCAACAAAUGUUCCAAAUUUCAAAGCGUCGUCAUCAUCAUAAUACUUAAAGCCUCUUAAAAAAACCCAAUGUAAAUAGCGAAAUGGUCCGUAUAAAUAAGAACAAUAAUAGAUAUAAAUCGUAAUGUGUAAACUUUUUAAGGUUAAGUGCAUAUCCAGAAAGAUAAAUAAACACAUUAGCUCUUCAAGAGAUAACAUUUUUAUGUUAAUGACCCAAAUUAGCCAGAAAUAAGUUAACAGAUAAAAGACACUUUAUUGCGCAGCCCAUAUAAAAGCUUUAAAAUAAUAACGCAAAAUGAAUCGCAUGUCUCCAAACAAAUAAAAAGGCCCUACCAAAAGUAACCGAAACAAUAAAAGUACAUUUAAAAAAAGGAAACAAUGAAAGAUUUAAAUGAUUGCAAAGUGCUAAGGAAAUUACUUUGUAAAUACUUCAAGCUAUCUCAAGUUGAUGUCAGUGACGUACAAAAAAUGAAAAAGCAAAAUAAACCAUAUCUAUAAAUGUUGUAUAUAUAGUGAGUAAUCUUAAGUACAGUUGCGCCAAAAAAAAACACUUGACAGCCAGUUUAAAACUAACCAAUAAAUGUGAGUUUAUGUAUACCUUAAGAUAAAGCCAUAAUAAACCCAUGAUAUUUGUGAAAAA